AAAACGAAAAACACUAACUCGUGCUUCAUUUUCAACGGUCAGAAACCACCGUCGUCGGCAUAUCCAACGCCCUAUGUUGCGUUCUUCAACCCCCUACUCUCUCCCACACAUCUCCCCGCUCUCAAAAAAUCUCCGUCUCUCUCUCUCUCUGUAAAUGUGUCUAUGUAUAUAUAUAUAUAUACAUGUAUUCUUGAAUCGCGUGCUUUCAAUUUGAUUUAAUUUUUACCAGAAUUAUUUUAUUCCCCAAUGGCUGUCGCGGUAGACACGACGAUAAUCUACAGACGAAUUUCGACGUUUAGAUACAACAAUUCCAAUUAUGUUCAGAAUUACAGCUUAGUUUGCAGUCGGUAUAGAGCUUUCAACGUGAAAUCGAAUCGUCACCUCCACGAUACAUCGCCGUUCCGACUGCAGCCUAGGGUUUCCAAGCUGCAGGGGUAUUUUCUGCGGAAUCAUAUGAAUUGGAAGUUUACGAAGAUCUACGCCAACAGUCCUCGCGAGCACGACACUGAUUCGGCUGAGAAGCCCGAGGCGUCGACGGGGCCGGAGAGCCCGAAGAAGCCGGGGGGUGCUGCUUCGGGCUCGGGCCGGAGGGAGAAGCAGGGGAAGAAUAAUUGGUGGGGCAAUAAUAGUAAUAAAUGGAAGUGGCAGCCGAUAAUUCAUGCUCAGGAGAUGGGCGUUUUGCUCAUACAAUUGGGGAUUGUGAUGUUUGUGAUGAGAUUGCUGAGGCCCGGGAUUCCUCUCCCGGGCUCGGAGCCGAGGACGCCUACCACGUUUGUUACUGUUCCGUACAGUGAGUUUGUGAGUAAGAUUAAUGGGAAUCAGGUGCAGAAGGUGGAGGUUGAUGGGGUGCACAUUAUGUUUAAGUUGAAGAGGGAAAGUGGGGUUGUGGAGAGUGGUGUUGGUGAGGUGAAUAGUAAGUUUCAGGACUCGGAUUCUUUGUUGAAGACUGUGACUCCCACUAAGAGAGUAGUCUACACGACCACGAGGCCGGUUGACAUCAAGACACCGUAUGAGAAGAUGCUGGAGAAUGAUGUGGAGUUUGGGUCUCCGGAUAAGAGGUCUGGAGGAUUCUUGAAUUCUGCAUUGAUAGCCUUAUUCUAUGUCGCAGUGCUAGCAGGUCUUCUUCAUCGGUUCCCCGUAAGCUUUUCUCAGCAUACCCCGGGGCAGCUUAGAAACCGAAAGUCUGGAAAUUCUGCGGGAGCCAAAGUUUCUGAACAAGGAGAAACUAUUACAUUUGCUGAUGUUGCUGGUGUUGAUGAGGCAAAAGAAGAGCUGGAAGAGAUUGUGGAAUUUCUCAGGAAUCCAGACAAGUAUAUAAAACUUGGUGCACGACCUCCUAGAGGAGUUCUCUUGGUUGGUCUACCAGGAACAGGUAAAACACUUCUAGCAAAAGCUGUUGCCGGAGAGGCUGAUGUUCCUUUCAUCAGCUGUUCUGCAAGUGAAUUUGUAGAGCUGUAUGUUGGUAUGGGGGCAUCUCGUGUCAGAGAUCUUUUUGCUCGGGCAAAGAAGGAGGCUCCAUCCAUAAUAUUCAUAGAUGAGAUAGAUGCUGUAGCCAAGAGCCGUGAUGGUCGAUUCCGUAUUGUGAGUAACGAUGAGCGUGAACAGACCUUAAAUCAACUUCUCACUGAAAUGGAUGGAUUUGAUAGUAACUCAGCAGUGAUUGUACUUGGAGCAACUAAUAGAGCAGAUGUUUUAGAUCCCGCACUCCGUCGGCCGGGUAGAUUUGAUCGAGUGGUUACGGUUGAAACACCUGAUCGAACCGGAAGAGAAGCCAUCUUGGAUGUCCAUGUUUCCAAGAAAGAGCUUCCUCUGGGCAAAGAUGUUAACCUUGCUGAUAUUGCUUCAAUGACCACGGGUUUUACUGGGGCAGACCUCGCAAAUUUGGUAAACGAAGCUGCUUUAUUGGCCGGAAGGAGUAAUAAAUCCAUGGUCGAGAAAAAUGAUUUCAUUCAAGCGGUCGAGCGAUCAAUAGCGGGUAUUGAAAAGAAGACAACUAAGUUGCAAGGCAGUGAGAAAGCUGUUGUUGCACGGCAUGAAGCUGGUCAUGCAGUGGUCGGAACUGCUGUUGCAAAUCUUCUUUCUGGACAACCUCGGGUUGAGAAGCUGAGCAUAUUGCCAAGAUCCGGAGGAGCGCUGGGGUUUACGUACACCCCUCCAACCACUGAAGAUAGGUAUUUGCUCUUCAUCGAUGAGCUGCGGGGGAGACUUGUUACUCUACUUGGUGGACGUGCAGCAGAAGAGUUUAUAUACUCUGGGCGUGUAUCGACAGGUGCACUUGAUGACAUUCGACGAGCAACUGAUAUGGCAUAUAAGGCGGUGGCCGAGUAUGGCCUCAACGAAGCCGUAGGCCCCAUCUCCUUGGCAACUCUUUCUGGUGGUGGAAUGGAUGACUCUGGUGGAUCACCAUGGGGAAGGGAACAAGGCCACCUCGUUGAUCUUGUUCAAAGAGAGGUUAAAGCCUUACUGCAAUCGGCACUUGACGUGGCACUCUCUGUUGUUCGUGCAAAUCCUACAAUCUUGGAGGGUCUCGGCGCCCACCUGGAAGAAAAGGAGAAAGUAGAAGGCGAAGAGCUGCAAGAAUGGUUGAAAAUGGUGGUUGCCCCUGCUGAGCUCACAUUUUUUAUCAGAGGAAAACAGGGGUCUCUUGUCCCUCUACAAUCAGGUUCUUGAUGAAGAACAAUGGCAUCUUGAACGAUCCUUUCUCGGAUGUUAUCGUGGUGUUCUGAAACCCGUCGCUCCAAAAUGCUCGAACGGAGGAGACGAAAAGACAGGUAACAAAACUAGGUGGUCGACGUCUUACCUUCGCGGCUCUGUAUAUUCAUAGAAUAACACCCGAUAUAUCUAAUUUGUACAGUCUUACUGGAAAAAUGCAUGUUUGAAGGCAUUUUUAUGCCCAUGAUCAUGAACAAUGUUUCAUUUUUUCUUUUUUUGAGAAAAAUGAACGAUGGUUUCAUUGAGAAAGAUCGUACUACUAUUUCAAGGAAAUUGCCUCUAACGUUGUUGAUGUAGAAAGUGGCAGUUUGUUUGUAAUUGACCAAGUUGCAUUCUAUACUAUUGUAUACAUCACUUUUUUCAUCCAGUUACAGAGAUACUUGUUUGUAAA